UCGAAUUGUGAAUAAUUACCGUGUUAGAUAAAUGUUUCUCGAAAAAUGGAACCAUGCUGUAGGCUAUGUGGCUACAACUCCACCGAUUUGGUAAAUGUUUUUACAGAACAAGGCGAGCCCUCUGAGUAUGUCGAGAAGAUAAACCGGUAUCUUUAUCUAUUGGUGGUUCUUGAUGAUAACUUACCUAAAGCAAUUUGCUGGAUGUGUUCGCAGCAAUUAGAUUCGUUUCACCGGUUUCAUGAAAAAAUCAACGAAAUUCAGCAACGAAUUCUAAAAGACCGUUACUCCGAGUACGUCAUUGAACUAGGUCGAAAACCCACCGAACGUGAAAGUGAAAUUGAGCAGAUCAGUGCUGAAAACGAAUUGCAGACAAAAUCAAAUCAAGUGCAAAUUCAGGAAUCUAAAUCUAAGGAAGAAUAUGCGUCGAUUCAUUUAAUUCCAUCUCACAAUGAUUCAUUUCUGGUCGUAGAAGCAAAGCCAAAUAUUCCACUAAUCUCUGACACACGAACAGAUCUAAACAAUUCACAUGCAAAAUCUGAACAGUCUUCUAUAGUAGAAGUGUUUGAAAUUCGAAGAAGCUCUCGAAAAAUUUGUUCUACAAGAAAAAAAGGGAACGAAACACGCACUGAAGACGAGGAAAGUGACCAUGAAAUUCAGUUGAAACACAAGAAACCAUACCUACGAAAAUGCUCUGUCACUGGUCGAAGUAGGAUAAAUGAAGUGAGUGGAACUCAGCUAAAUAAUACCUCUGCAUGCCGAGUAGUGCCAACUCGGACAAGUCCUAGAAUUGCAACUAUUAACAGUACGGAAGAAGAAAAGGACAACGUGUCUUUUCAUGAUGGCACAGUGAUGAAAGAAGAUGACAGUGAAAUUGACUUGCCUGAUCGCGAUUCAGACAACGAGGAAUGGCCUACGGCUGCAACAAUGGAAAAGUUUCCUUCUGAAGUCAUAAAAAAUGGUUUGUUGACGGUAAAAGGAAAAGAACUUAUAAGGAUGAUCAACAGCUUCUACAAUUUGCAGUGUGAUAUAUGUAAAAACAUACCAAAGCGAUUCAAAACGCUUGCAGGGCUAUUAACGCACCAUAAAACGAUACACAAACAUGAGGGUUAUGUUGUGUGCUGUCAAAAAAAAUUGCGUUAUCCAGCAGUAAUCAUGCAUAUGGCACGGCAUAUUCAGCCAGAAGCAUUCAAAUGUGAUAUUUGCGGAUAUAUGGUAACAAGACCAAGAUUCCUUGCAUCGCAUAAACAGACACACUUACCUGAAGAUCUAAAACCAUAUGCUUGCGAGCAGUGUCCUAAAAGAUUUUGUUGGAAAAGAGCUCUUCAGAUACAUCUCAAUCUACAUAAAGCACCAGAGGAAAGAGUAGUUUAUAUUUGUGCUGUAUGCGGUAAAAGGUACGAUACCCCUGGCGGCUUGUCAGCCCAUAAGAAAAAUGUUCAUUCAAAAAAUCAGACACCGAAAACGCCUCAUGUUUGUGAAAUUUGUGCGAACAAAUUUGCUACGAGUUCAGGACUGAAAGAGCAUAUGGUAACUAUACAUCAACCACGCGAAAAAGGUCAACUGCAAUGCUCUGAGUGUUACAAAUGGCUUAUGAAUAGCCGUUGUCUGAGAGUGCACAUGCAAUUGCAUUCCAAGAAUGAUGUUGCAUGUGACCAGUGUAGUUAUAAAACCAAGAAACAAUCGCUACUGAAGCGACAUAAAAUUACGCACCACCAGGAAGAAAGGCCGUUUCACUGUGACAUUUGUGGCAGCACAUUCAAACAUAAACGAGCGUUAACUGUUCACACAAAUCUUAAGCACGAUUUAGAGAAAACCAAUUACAAAUGCAAUUUCUGUGAUCGCUCUUUCGCAAGCUCUACAAAUUUUUAUACACAUCGAAAAAACAGACAUCCAGAGGAGCUAGCCGCUAUGAAAGAACAUCAAGAACAGGAGAAAAAAUUACAAAGAAUAAAGGCAGGCAUUGAAGCGGACGACAUUCCAGCUGCUCAUGAAUCGAUCAUUGCGAUCGGUUCUGAUGGGACGCACAUCAUCACCAUUAAGAACAGAAACAGUGAUCUUCAGAAAUAAGUGAAUACACUAAUAAUAUAAGAAGUUGUCGAUAUCUCAAUAUUAACGCAUUAAAUCAUGGGAUCUGUAGAUCGAUAAAUCAAAUUUUCUUAGGUAUUGUAUUUUGGAAUUGAUAAUAUUCCAGCCAUUAUUGAACAUGAAGCGUUAUAGCCACCACUUUCGACCGCCCCCUUCGCCAUCGAUCAAAGGGGAAGUUUAAUAAUAAGGAGGAAUAGAAAUGUUGAUGCUUCACCAACUUCACGGAAGGACGACUCUAGGUUCCAACUGGUAUUACAUUCCUCCAACAACUUUUUUAAACUUGAUCAUAACUUUUAUUUUUCAUACCUGGAACUAGACAAAGUUGUGUAGUGAUAGGUCGAGUACGAUGAAUCAACCCUGCGGAGUAUGAAGCGUAGAGAAUAAUCAAAGACAUUGCCAACACUGCUUUUGUUCCUUUUCCAAUCUCAUGUUACACAAUAAAGUGAAUU